AUGGCGGCUACCGGCACGAAGCGUGAAUUCGAAGGAAGUGUUGAUGCACGCGAAGUUUCCAAGUGGAAAAAAAGGAAAUGUCGAGUCGACAAUUGUUGUUUAGAAAUGGGCCAUAUCCAUAAAAUAAUUACAAGGAAUUGGCGCAAAGAGAAGGCACUAGAAAUGAGACGAAUCUUUGGCAAGGACGUCAAAAUUAAUCGUGUUGCUGUCAAGAACUCGAAUGCUACCGACGGCUAUUCCUUUUCGAAAGCAUAUUGCAAAAUAACAGAAAACGAAGAUUAUUCGUUCUCGUGCCUGUUUAAAAAAGGAUUGGGUAUUUUAAUGGAUUACCUGUGGAAACAAGAGACACCUACAAACGACCAAGACAGCCUUGUGUUGGACACGCUUCUGCAUUACCUGGUUAAGAUGGAGAAUGUUGAUACACAGGAUCCUUUUAUGACUUUAGAAGGCCUAGGAGAAACAGACAUUGCCAUUGUUCUUGCUAAUCACCUAUUUGGUAAACUUUGUACAUCAUCACACUUUCUCAUUGAUAAACGGUGUAAAGGAAAAGUCAAGGAUUCUUGUCCAUGUACAGACGCAGGAUGUAAAAUUUCAGGAAGCUUUGGAGACACUGGCAUAGGAAACCCUUCAGUUUGGCAUGGAAACUUUGAUGUCAUUGUCAAUAAUCAAGUUAUAAUAGAAGCUUUGGAAGAAGAUGAGCCCAACGUCAGUGAAAGUUCUGAGAGGACACCAAUGGAAGUCAAUAUGAAACCUGUCUGUCUCUCCACAAAUCAACAGAUCAUAGCAGAAACAAUUGUUUUUUCUUUUCUUCAGAAGAAAAGACACCCAGAGUAUUCCCAGUUCCUGUUUCCGUGUAUCGGGGUCAAUAGUAAGGAAAUGGUGGUGUGUUUUUACGAUUCGGAGAAUGAUAUUUUACUGAAAAGUUCCCCUGUUCCGCUACAAACAGUAACAGGAAAGUUUGAUGUAGUGACUAUAGUUGUAUCGUGGUUGGUUGUAAAUCACAAAUUUCUUUGUGACGGUUUACCACGCUGUCUGGAGAUAGAGACAUCAGGAUUCUUUCGCCAGGCUGAGGAAGCACUUCCUAUCUAUGAAAAUGAUUUACAGUUUGGAGACAUAGGGGUUUCAUGCCCCAAACCAAAACAUCAUUUCUCGUUUGUGAAUGACCCAUCAACGGAACAAAUUAAGGAAAACUGGGAUAGAAUGAUUGGAGACCUAUUUUCAAACAAAACAUGAUAAUCGGUAUCAUGGAACCAAGUUCCUGGUCCUGCAUAUUUAUAUAUCAUAAGUUCAUAAGAAACAGUUUGUAUAAGGUGUCCUCAUUCAAAUAAACAGUCUUUG